UGUGGUACUGUGCUAGAUAGGUUGCGCUGUGAAGAAAAGUCACCACCUUGUAAAAGCUCUCAAAUCAAGGCCACCGGGAAUGAGCACUGCUAGCUACAUGCCAAUAGGUUUGCAUUAGAAGGUCGAAAGUAUUUACAACGCCUUUGACAUUUUUCCCGAACCGUUUUAUGACUACAUUGCUGCAAAUAUUAGAUAUAGGGCAAUACCAAUACUCAAGUGUCAAAGUCGAACUAAUUUACCUUCGUAGCUACGUAUUUAGCAAGCUAGCUAGCUUGCUAGGUCAGGUGUAGCUAACGUUAGACAGCAACAUUAGCCUUUUGCAAACAUGGCUGCGAUGAGAGUUUCCUAUCACAAACUGCUGGAUAAGAUCGGGCUAAUGUUGCCAGCAAAACUGAGACCUCUCUACAAUCACCCUGCAGGUCCAAAGACUAUUUUCUUCUGGGCCCCGAUGUUCAAAUGGGGUCUGGUCGGGGCUGGUCUGGCAGAUAUGAGUCGACCAGCUGAGAAACUGAGCUUUUCCCAGUCUGCUGUACUGACAGCCACAGGUCUGACCUGGUCCAGAUACUCUUUGGUCAUCAUUCCAAAGAACUGGAACCUCUUUGCUGUCAAUUUAUUUGUGGGUAGUGCUGGAAUAUCCCAGCUCUACAGGAUCUUCCAGUAUGAACAAGGGAAGAAGGCACUAGCAAAGGAGGAAGCUGCCCCAGCAGAGUCUUGAAUUAUGUCACCAGUCCAUCUCCAUGGACUGUAAGGGAGCUUAUCACCGGCACAAACCCAGUCCCUCUAAGCCCCUCCAUCCCUUUUCCAUCCUCACUCGAUUUUACAGUAGAAAAAAAACAAUGUUACCUUGCUGUAGAUCAUGUAAUUUGCCUGGAUUUCUUCAGGGUUAUAAUGGCAUAUUAACCCUUACCAAACACUCAAAUGUUUGUCAUCUACGCACAAGCUGUAGUAUUUAAGUUUUACUUCAUACAACAAAUGGCAUGACUGUUUUUAAUUUGUUCAUGAUUAAUGUUUAGCAUGCACUUUUUGGGAAGUGUUGCAUUUUUUCCGUUAUUUCUUUUGAGUAGUCGUCAUUCCUCAUGAAGUGGUUUCCAAACAAGGAAGGUCUUGGAUCUGUGUUGAUUGUGGUUAAAAAGAAUGUCUCCCCAAAUUAAAAAUGUUUUAAAAAAAUGUCACUUUCAUCCCAUAUGCUUAUUCAACUAUUUUCAUACAUUUUGGUAACUGUCUAUAUCAGUAGGAUGAUUCAACCGUACAUGCAUACCAUGUGACUGUUCCUUCCACGUGUAGUAAAUGCUUUAACCAAUAAAUCAGGUAAAAAAAAAACAUUUCAUAUAGCUUUCAACUGUAGACUUUCAAAUGCCAGUAGGAAAUCACCUUUUUCCCCCUGAUCAUUAGGAGGAACCUUUUGGUAAUGUGUCAUAUGUGUUGCAGUCUUGGGGGCUGAAUCUAGCGUGGUACUUGGACCCAAAAAGGACAACAUGUAUUGGCCCUGUAGUCAAGGUCCUCGUCUCCUAUUGGUUGGUUCUCAGUAGUUGGGAGACACAUAAUCUGUUAGUGUAACUAGAUGAGAAUGUAAAAAGUCAUUUUGUUCAUUGAUCUCUGAAAUGUUGUCGCAAUAACUGGCAAAAUACAUUGGUCCACAAUGCACUGAAACAUGAACAGGCACUUAUGUAUGUCGAGGUUAUAUCUUUAGUGUCUAUGAUAUAUAUGCCUUUAUUUGUUCUGUUGAAUUAAAAAUCUUGGCAUAUUCUGAA